AAGAUAAGCAUAAUGAGAAAUAAUUUGAAAUAUACAGAAUUUUGUUACAAAACAGUGGACGUUUAAUUGGUAUUUUUGCUGUAUCGAUCUUUGUUUUACCGAGCUUGGUAAUUUACUUUGGGUCUGCGGGUGAACAGUCGUCGUAAAAGGUCAUAUAAACUCAUUCACAUAUUAACAGGCUUUAAUUCUUUCCCAAUUAAAGAUGCAACGCAAGAGAUAAACAAAGGCAGAGUAGAAAAUAUUAUGUCUAUUGUUUAGUCAUGGGUCAUGUUGAUGAUUCUAUGAUGUGAUUUAUGCCGUCAAUUAUAUAUCUAAUAUUUUCGCGUGAGAGGCACGGAGGAACACUGUUGACACCAAACCAAGAUUUUUAAGCAACAACGUUUUUUUUUUAAUCCCACUUUUAGAUUCUUCAUUUUGUUUUUUAAGCGCUUAAUAUUUUAGUGCCCGAACUCAUCUCACACUGAUAAAAAGGAAAGCCUAUUUUAAUAGUAUGAUAUUGCAAAACGCUGUUGAAAUGCAGAAGAAAAAUAGUAUUAUUAUUAUUAUUUUUUAUGAGCUCUGGUCGUUGAGAAUGGAAGGAAGACGAUGUGCAGCAAUGACGGACGCGCCACUCCAGAGCAGCGCGGAUGGCCGUUGGCUGUGCUCGUGUGACGUGUGGUUUGCUCCACUGGUGCCGCACCCUCUUGCGUGCUUCACUGAACUUCCCUGUUUCAGCAGUGCUCCACGUUUGUACGGUGCUAAUGCUUGCUUGGCACCAUGUGGGCCCCGCUUCACGUGAGGAGAUAUGGCCCCCGACCCCACCGAACAGAGUAGGUGUGGGCCUCUUCGAAAUCCCCAUAAUCUCAUCUCUGCCAAUUAUCUCUCAUCGCCCACGUGAUCCCCUUGGCCCCCCAUCUCCUCCUAUACCCACUACCCUUCCCUUUUUAUCUCCACCCUUCCUCCCAUCACCACCUCCUCAUUCCACCCCCUCCUCCUCUCUCUCCGCAGUUUCUCAUCAUGGGAGAAUCAUCGGCUUCGUACAUCCACACAGUUCAACAUCUGAUCGAGAAGUGUCUGCUUUACCGCAUGAACAAGGAGGAGUGCAUGGAGGCUCUUAACAAGCACGCCAACAUCAAGCCAGUCAUCACCUCCACCGUGUGGGCGGAACUGGAAAAAGAGAAUCGGGAGUUCUUCGCUGCUUACGCUAAGGAAAACGAGGAGCGGGAGAUGGAGAAGGCGGCAAUGCAGAGGCUGCAUAUGAUGACGGCUGAGGAUGAGUGUCUUGCCAGUACCGAUCAUGUUUUAGGGUUUAGGGUUUUCUUUAUCGAAGUGAUGCCCUUUACUGUGGAUUUGGUGGUGGUUGUUUGUUGUGGUGUGGAAUGCUGCUGGUUUUGGUGGUGCCUUGUUGGGGUAGUUAUGGUGGUCGUGCUUGUG